AUGGGUCUGCGAAUGGAGAUCUUCGCGAUCGCGGACGGGCACGUCCUGCCGUACAUCUUGGACCCAAACUUUGAGGAAUAUCUGCCCAUCAUCCCUUCGGACGUGAGUUACGUCAACUUCACGUGGAAGAGCGGGAAGAGGAAGUACGAAUAUAAUUUCGACCGACUUCAGUCCUUCAACGAGGACAUUCUCCAGAGUCCCUUCAUCUCCGUGGAGACCAAGGGAGAAGUACCCAAGAAACCCCAGAUGUUCACGUUGUAUUUGCCGUGUUCGGGGAACGUGAGUGGGAUUGCGUCGUUCGGAAUCGGCCUCAUGAUUCAGACCCGACGAGGGAAGUCCUUGCCUGGCACCCCGCUCCGCCUAAGACUCCGAAAGGAAUGCUCUGAAUCGUGUAAGCUACGUAUCAUUAGACAUAUAAAACAAUUUUCCUUUAAGAUGUACGAUAAUCUGCACUGUUCCGUUCGUCUGGACAGACACGAGGAUGAUCCCAUGCGUCAAGGGUUUUAUGGACUUGGCCCUGACCCAGAGUGCGACAGGAAGUGUGCCAAUGGCGGCUGGUGCAAUCAUGAGAAAUUUUGCCAAUGUCCCGAAGGGUACAUGGGAAAGUACUGCAUGACAGCACUCUGCUAUCCCCAGUGCAUGAACGGAGGGACAUGCACUGCCCCAGGAGUCUGUUCCUGUCCUCCUGGGUAUCAAGGACGUCACUGCGAGGGAGGGAUAUGCAGUCGCAAGUGCUUGAACCGAGGAAAGUGCAUCCAGAAAGACACUUGUGCUUGCCGCAAGGGCUACUAUGGUGAACGCUGUGAAUUCAGCAAAUGUGUAAUUCCAUGCCUAAAUGGAGGAAGAUGUAGGGGAGCCAACAUCUGCAAGUGCCCACCUGGUUUCAAAGGUAGCCACUGUGAAAUCACACCCAAUUAUAAGAAGAUGGCACAGCAACACUCCUGUCAUAAGCCAUGUCACCAUGGUUACUGUCUCCAUGGGAAUCGCUGCAAUUGCAAGCCUGGAUGGCAUGGACGGUACUGCCAACAC